CUGCAGUAGAGAGAGAGAGAGAGAGAGAGCAAGAGAGAGAGAGGUGAGCACGAUUCUUCUCCAGGAUUCAGCUCGCUUUCCUCCUCGUCUCAGUUCUCCUCUCUCUUCCCACUCAAGUGCAUCUGAUCCGUCUCUCCCGCACAACUCCUCUGUUUCUCAACAACUCUCGGAGGAUGACUCCUUCAGAAACCUCCAGCCACAGACCCCUGUUCCCCAGCUCAUGGCUGCCCAGGACGACUCAACUCUCUUGGGCUUCCCUCGCGCGGACCUGCCCUCUCUAAAGUGGAUCCACAGACCAACAGCUGGUUUCUUUUAGGAUAAGGGCAAGUUCAUUCAGACCUCAUCUUUCAGCCUGCAAGAUCCUUGAAAAUAAGAACUUCAGAGCCGAAGCUUUCAGUCUGCUAGAGGAAGUGUAGACAAUCAUAUAUAAAGAUGGAGCAGGAGAUUUCCAAAGUGCAGCGUAAGAUGUCAGACUUGGAGUCAGUUUUGCAGCAGAAAGACGUGGAGCUCAAGGCUUCAGAAACCCAGAGAAACAUCUUAGAGCAAGACCUGGCAACCUAUAUCACCGAAUGCAGCAGUUUGAAGCGCAGUUUGGAGCAGGCCCGCAUGGAGGUUUCGCAGGAAGAUGAUAAAGCUCUUCAGCUGCUGCACGACAUUCGAGAGCAGAGCAACAAACUGCAGGAAAUCAAAGAACAGGAGUACCACGCUCAGCUGGAGGAGAUGCGAGUGUCUAUUCGUCAGCUGGAAGAGAAUCUGUCGGCCGCUCGUCGCCGCAGUGACCUGUACGAGUCUGAGCUCAAAGAGUCCCGUCAGACCAGUGAGGAGCUCAAGAGGAAGGCAGUGGAGUAUCAGCAGAAGAUCCAGAAGGCUAAAGAACAAGGGAAAGUUGAGAUGGAGGAGCUUCUGAGCAAACUGCAGAAGACCAAUGGAGAGCAACAAGUAAAGAUUGAAGAGCUCCAGGAGAAGCUUGCUAAGGCAGUGAAGGCGAGUACUGAAGCCACUGAACUCCUCCAGAAUGUCCGUCAGGCUAAAGAGCGAAUGGAGCGAGACCUGGAGCGUCUGCAGACCAAAGAGGACUCGUCCGACAGCCUGCGCAGACGCUUACGAGAGACUGAGGAUGGCAAAAAAUCCCUGGAGAACCAGGUGAAGAGGCUGGAGAUGGUGGAGCGGAGAGAAUCCAAACUGAAAGACGACAUUCAGACCAAAUCGCAGCAGAUCCAGCAGAUGGCCGACAAAAUCAUGGAGCUUGAAGAAAAUUUGCGGGACUCGCAGGCGAUGGCGCAGCGCAUGGAAACACAGCUGGAGCAGAAGGAAAAGCUUUUUGAAGACAAGAUCAAGGUUUUAGAAACUCAAAUGAAGGCUGAUUUGGCUGAGAAGGAUUUGCUGGAGUCCAAACAGAGCACUUUUGAAGAGGAGUCUCGCGAACGGGGAAAAGUGAUCAGCGACCAGGCAGCGACGAUCAAUGCCAUGGAGUCAAAGAUGACCAGUCUGGAGCAGAGGAUCGCUGAGCUGUCCGAAGCCAACAAACUGGCAGCAAACAGCAGCAUUUACACACAGAAGAACAUGAAAGCCCAGGAGGAGAUGAUUUCUGAACUCAGACAGCAGAAGUUUUAUUUGGAGUCUCAGGCUGGAAAACUGGAGGCGCAGAAUGCAAAGCUGGAGGAGCAUCUGGAGAAACUCACCCAACAAGAGCAGACAAACAAGAGCCGAGUGCUGGAGCUGGAAGCCAGGCUGCGAGAGAUCGGCCUAGAGCAUGAGGAACAGAAGCUGGAGAUCAAGCGUCAGGUGUCGGAGCUCACGUUGUCUCUGCAGGAGAGAGAAGCUCAGAUCAGCAGCCUGCAAGCGGCACGCCACGCUCUCGACAGCCAACUACAGCAGGCCAAAACUGAGCUGGAGGAGACCACCGCCGAGGCCGAAGAGGAGAUCACCGUCCUGAGGGCCCAUCGGGAUGAAAUCCAACGCAAGUUUGAUGCCCUGCGAGACAGCUGUGCGGUGAUCACGGAUCUGGAGGAGCAGUUGACGCAGCUCACGCAAGAAAACGCGGAGCUGAACCGGCAGAACUUCUACCUGUCCAAACAGCUGGACGAGGCCACAGACGAGAACGAGGAGCGCCUGCAGCUCAAGCAGGACGUGGAGCGCCUCAGGAGAGAGGUGGCAGACCGAGAGAUGCACCUCAACAACCAGAAACAGGUGACACGGCAACACACACACACACACACACACACACACACACACAGGACAGAGGUGGCAGACCGAGAGAUGCACCUCAACAACCAGAAACAGAACAUCGAGACGCUGAAGACGACAUGUACAAUGCUGGAGGAGCAGGUUAUGGAGCUGGAGACUCUGAAUGAUGAGCUGAUGGAGAAGGAGAGGCAGUGGGAGAACUGGAGAUCUGCUCUGGACGAGGAGAAAAACCAGGCCGAGCGCAGAGCCAGAGACCUGCAAAGACAGCUGGACAGCGAGAAGCAGAACCGACUGCGUGCAGAACAGAGAAACUCUGAGUCUCGGCAGGCCGUGGAGCUGGCGGUGAAAGAGCACAAAGCUGAAAUCCUGGUUCUGCAGCAGGCGCUCAAAGACCAGAAACUCAAGGCUGAGGGCCUUUCUGACACUCUGGGUGAUCUGGAGAAGAAGCACGGCAUGCUGGAGAUGAACGCUCGCAGCCUGCAGCAGAAGCUGGAGACGGAGAGAGAGAUGAAGCAGAGACUCAUGGACGAGCAAGCUAAACUGCAGCAGCAGCUGGACAUGCAGAAGAGCCACAUCUUCAGACUGACUCAAGGACUGCAGGAUGCGCUGGACCAGACCGACCUGCUGAAGACCGAGCGCACAGACCUGGAGUACCAGCUGGAAAACAUACAGGCGGCGUAUUCUCACGAGAAGGUGAAGAUGGAGGGGACGAUCACCCAGCAGACCAAGCUCAUAGACUUCCUGCAGGCCAAGGUAGAGCACCCCUCUAAGAAGAAAAAGGGGCUGUUUGGUGGCCGGCGGCGGGAGGAUCUGCUAGCGGCGCUGGCGGCUCAGGGACAGACACAGGUGCCUGUGGUGCCCGCCGCCACUCCUGUGCCCCUGCAGUACAGCGACCUGAAGGCGGCGCUGGAUAAAGAGCGAGCCCGAUGCUCCGAGCUGGAGGACGCCCUGCAGAAAACACGCCUGGAGCUCAGAGAAGUUCAGUUUAAUAAAGCUCUGGAGCACAGCUCUUCUCCAGCCACUCCAGGUUUGGCCCGUCAGCAGCUCAUGAUGUCCACCAAGUCCAACAAGUCUCCAGAGCACCAGUCCAGCGGCGGCCUGAUGUCCUCAAACUCCAGCCGCGGACGCAAAGACAACGCCAAUCCUGAAGAAAUAAGGAGAGUCACUUCUGAAAAGUACACCAGACGUGUGAAGGACCGGAUUCAUCACAACACUCCUCACCGCUUCACGCAGGGGCUCAAUAUGAGAGCGGCUCGCUGUACUGUGUGUCUGGACACAGUCCAUUUUGGACGUCAGGCUGCAACAUGCAUUGAAUGUCACGCGUUGUGUCACCCAAAAUGCUCCCCGUACCUCCCUGCCACCUGCGGCGUUCCCACUGAAUACGCGCUGCACCUCUCAGAGGCUCUGUGUCGGGAGAAGGGAAGCACUUCCGGCCUGAAAGAUAUGGGUGGACAUAUGAGGCUUGAAGGAUGGCUGAAGCAGCCCAGGAACGGGAAGCGCGGGCAGGGCUGGGAGAGGAAGUAUGUGGUGCUGGAUGGAUAUAAAGUGAUUACAUUCGAGACAGAACCAAGAGACGAGUCAGUGAAGCCGCUGGAUGAGUUUGAGCUGUGUCUCUCUGAUGGAGAAGUGACCGUUCAUUCUGCUGUGGGUUCCUCUGAGCUCCCCAACACCGCUAAAACAGAUGUGCCGUACGUGCUGAAGCUGGAGUCGUCUCCUCAGUCCACAUGCUGGCCCGGUCAGACUCUGUACCUCAUGACCUCGGGAUACUCAGAGAAGCAGCGCUGGGUGGCAGUGCUGGAAGCCAUCGUGGCCAGCAGUCGCGGAGCCAGAGAGAAAGCUGAGGCAGAUGCUAAAUUAUUGGGUAACUCUUUACUUAAGCUAGAAGGUGACGACCGUCUGGAUAUCAACUGCACCCUGCCGCUGACCGACCAGAUUGUGUUGGUGGGCUCUGAGGAGGGUCUCUACGCACUGAAUGUGAUUAAGAACUCCCUCACUCAUAUCCCGGGUCUGGGAUCCGUGUUUCAGAUCCACAUUAUCAAAGAUCAUGACAAGCUGCUGAUGAUCGUGGGAGACGAGCGAGCGCUGUGUCUGGUGGAGAUUAAGAAGGUGAAGCAGUCUUUAUCCCAGUCUCACCUCCCCACACUGCCCGAGAUUGUGCCGUAUAUCUUUGAGACCGUCAAGGGCUGUCAUCUGUUUGCCUCGGGCAGGAUAGAAAAUGGCCCAUGCAUUUGUGCUGCGAUGCCCAAUAAAGUCACGAUUCUACGAUACAAUGACAAUCUUAACAAGUUCUGCAUACGGAAGGAGAUUGAAACUCUGGAGCCGUGCAGCUGCAUCCACUUCACCAGCUACAGCAUCAUCAUUGGUACCAAUAAAUUCUACGAGAUCGAGAUGAAGCAGUGCGUUCUGGACGAGUUCCUGGACAAGAAUGACGUGUCGCUGGCGUCGGCUGUCUUCACCGGAUCCUCCCACAGUUUCCCCAUCUCUAUCGUCCAGGUGUCCAGCACUCCGCAGAAGGAGGAAUAUCUGCUGUGUUUCCACGAGAUCGGAGUUUUUGUGGAUGCUUACGGUCGAAGAAGUCGCCCUGAUGAUCUGAAGUGGAGUCGACUUCCCCUGACGUUCGCCUUCAGAGAGCCGUAUCUCUUUGUGACCUACUUCAACUCUCUGGAUGUUAUUGAGAUUCAGGGACACGCAGCUCUUGGGCCUCCCAGUCUGGUUCACCUGGACAUUCCUAACCCACGUUAUCUGGGUCCAGCCAUAUCGUCUGGUGCCAUCUAUCUGGCCUCGUCCUACCAGAACAAACUGCGGGUGAUCUGCUGUAAGGGCAGUCUGGUGCGGGAGUCUGGAGAGCUGCAGAGGACCGGCUCCAGCAGGAGCAGCCCCAACAAGCGCGGUCCACCAACAUACAACGAGCACAUCUCCAAACGUCUGGCCUCGAGUCCUGGAGCCCAGGAGGGGCCCCUGCACCGCGAGCCCAGCACUCCUCACCGCUACCGCGAGGGCCGCACCGAGUUCCGGAGAGACAAAUCUCCAGCCCGGCCCCUGGAGCGAGAGAAAUCCCCGGGCCGUCCGGUGCUAGACAGCCGCAGAGAGAGGUCUCCCGGUCGCUUCGAGAGCAGCGGCAGCGAGAGAGACCGCGAGCGGACACGACUGCACACUAGCUCUGUACGCACCCAGCUGACCCCCGUCAACAAGGUACGCAUGAGACACUGCCACGUAAACUGUGUGUCCUUCUAGCGGCGCGCACAUCGACGUUCAUGCAUGCACAAACAAAACAAAUGCAUCAACAUCCGCAGCUUUAUAGUUAAAUAUCUUCUAAAGAAAGUUAAGAGUCUCUGGGGAAAACCAGACGUUAAAUGGGCAUCCUUUGAUGUUUGCGUCAGACAGCGAAAGUUGAAUUGUUGAAGUGACCUCUUUAUCCUGGUGGUGGUGUAGGUUUGGGACCAGUCUUCGGUCUGAGAGCGUUCCCGGACGGAUGACGGAUGGAUACUUCCUGAGUAGAUGGACGUACCCUUUUAACAGGCGCUUGGUAAAACUCUGAAUGAUAUCAUCUCAUGCCUGUAAAAGUGAACGGAGCCAUGUUGUUUCACUCGCAGCCCCGAGUCGGGGACAUUGUGCUGAUGUUGUAAAACUCUGUCCAUGCUGUAAUCAUCACGAAGGUCCACGGGCAAGAAUAACCAGGACUUUCUUUUGUUUGUUUUGUUUUUGGAGAAAGACUUUAAGGAAUAUUCCAGGUUCAGUAAGGUAAGCUUUUUCAACAGUGUUUAAUGGCAUGGUUACCACAAGUUCUUUUGACUUAAUUUCUUAUUUUUUGUAUGUUUUUACUGUAAGAAAUGAACAAUUUAAUAAUACAGAUAAUUUCAAGCAGAGUUUCCCCAAAAUACAAAUUUAUUUUUUUCAUGCAAUUUUUAUUUGAGAGAUAUUGGACUUUUUUUUGCUUCCAUAAAAUCUCUUCUCAUUAGCCCCUUUCACACAUACAGACCUUUCCGGAAAAUUACCGGCAAUUUUCCGGAAAGGUCUGUAUGUGUGA